UGUAUACUUCCGUAAAUUUCGUCUGCAAGACUGUCGUCGUUAUUUCAGAUUUUCCGAGACUGUGUAUGUGCUUGCAUCAAUAUCUGGAGUGUAGACAUCGGCAUGUCUUUAUGUAAAGCUUGUCAGAAAUUUUUGGGUACAAUCAAAUACUCACAUAAGCGUUACAUAAAGAACAAGUCCUUGCUUUUCGGACAAGCACAUGCACGCAGCCGGUCGGUGUCAAUAAGAAGUAUUUCGACGUCCCUGGCUAGAUUGAAUCAACACCAGACAGAGAAGCCUCGCAGAGUGAAGGCCCAAACGACCAUUGAUGAAGAGGAAGUAGAGAAAUUUUCUGCACUUUCACAGCUAUGGUGGGAUGAAAGUGGCGAGUUCGAGGCCUUGCACACUAUGAAUGAACUAAGAGUGCCCCUCAUACGAGAUGCUUUAAUGAAGAGAAAUGAUCAUCCCACUGCAAAACCACUGGCUGGCUGCACAAUUGUUGAUGUUGGCAGUGGAGGGGGGAUUCUUGCUGAGCCUCUGGCAAGACUUGGGGCUUUUGUCAUAGGUGUGGAAGCAUCUGAGGAAAACAUCAAAAUAGCCCAGGCACACAUCAUGCAUGACCCGUCCAUAGCUCCAAACGUGAAGUAUAUACAUGCAACAGUGGAAGACCUAGUUGGUACAGAGGAAGGCAAGAUGGAUGCUGUUGUAGCUUCCGAAGUAGUGGAACAUGUUGCUGAUGCCCCUGCAUUUCUCUCCUCCUGCUGCAAACUCGUCAAGCCCGGGGGCUCCCUUUUCAUAACAACCCUGAAUAAAACAUACAUCUCCUACAUGGCUGGCGUGAUGGCAGCCGAGAGGCUAUUUAGGUUGGUGUCUCCAGGGACACAUGACUGGAACAAGUUCAUCGACCCCCAGGACCUGCAGUUUAUGCUGACCCAGAAUGACAUGAGUACCCGUCUCCUUCACGGCAUGAUGUACAAUCCGCUGACCAAGAGAUGGUCUUGGAUGAAGGACACGAGCAUCAACUAUGCCAUACAUGCAGUGAGAGCAGAUGUUCACACGGACAAGAAUAACCCUGACGACACACUUUAGCCCCGAUAUAAGUGUGUUUAGUUGUUUGCUGACCUUGUUGCCUGGUGUACGAGGUGUCAGCCAUGUGUGCAUUUCAUAUUCUAUUUUGUCGUAUAAUAUUGCCUCGGAAAGAAUAUGCACCAAAGAUUGAGUGUUAUGCAAAGAUUAUUAAAGAUGUGUGAUCUGAAGACAUGUUCUUGAUAAAGAUGUUGAAAGUUGAUUAUAUAUUGUGUACACCCACAAUGUGUAUAGGCAGUGAUGCCAAAUGUGUUUCAUAAAGAUUGUAAAGGUG